AUGAAUUAGAAAAUUUUCGGGGACUUAAUUUGUUUAAUUAUCUAAACAAACUUAUCACCAUCUCUCAAUAAUUAGUAUUUUACUAGUUUUCAAAUUACUUUUUAUUACCUCCAAUUAACCUACUUUUUAGUCAGUGAGAAUCAAGAAUAUGUCUAUCGUUUGAUUAAUACUUUAUCAAGAAUUAGUUUAAUCACCCCUUUAUUUAUAGACUCAUACUCUAUAAACAUACUUAUUGGAGCAACAAUUAUUUUCUUUAAUAUUGUACCUUACAUCAUCAUAAUAUACAGAAAAAUUACUAACAGAAAUCAUAACAUUUCUAAAAGUAUUUUACAAGUAAAAAUAUAUUAUAAAUAUCAAAGGUCUCAACAAAGAUUGUCAAUUAUUAUUUUCUUUAUUUUCCAUGGUUUCUAUAUUUACCUUAACUUUACUACAUUGGUUGGAAUUAUAUCUAUUCAAGUGUUUCUCCAGUAAUUCUAGCUUCAGUAGUGCUAAUAUUCACAAUAUUAAGUCUAAUCAUUUCAAAUGUCUAUUUUGUUAAUUUUGAAUUUAAUGAACAACAUUUAAGAAAGCAUUUUUCAUAUAGUGACUUAAUCGCUUAAUUGUUAAUGGUACCUAUGGCUCUAUUAUACUUAAAUAAUGAUGAAACCACUCAACUUAUCAGUAGGACUUUGCAUGGCUUAAUUUUAAUCAUCUAGAUCUAUGAUGCCUAUUUUUCACUGCCAUUAGGGUAAAAAUUAAAUUAAUCCGUAGAUUCUCUUCAUCAGGUUUUACAUUAAACCGAGCUUUGAUGACACAUUCUGUAAUUUUUACAUUCUCAUCAAUUAAAGCUUUUAAUACUGCAAGUCCUUAUAGUUUAGCCACAAUUAUGUUGAUAAUGCAACCUAUUGUCUAAUAUUUGUUUUAAAUUCUUUUUGAGAGUAAGAGAUCAAAUGUCUAUAUAUCUAGCAAUAUCACUAGAAAUUAAUAUUAUGAUUUACUAUAUAUAGAAGAUUUUUUUGAAUUAAGCUAAUUGGCUUAAAAAAAUAAAUAAAAAGAAAUUGAAUUUAUUUAAAAAUUAGCUUUGCAUAUGAAUAGAUGUAAUUCAACAAAAUGUUAAUGUAGAAAGAUAGGAGCUUAAAAUAUUUUAUAGUUUAACCAAGUAGUUUUGAUGAUCUCAUGUUUAUUUAAAAGAAUUUUUGAAAAAUACAAGCACAAUUAAUAAAAUUUUUGA